CCUCUCUCUCUCGGGGUUUUCCUGGGUAUUUCUCGCUCGGUCUGCGCAGCGUUUCGUGUUAAGUUGACAUUUCAGAUGCUUUCGUCUCGUGACUUCCAGUUCAGGUCCACAGAUAGCAAAACCCACACGGGAAAGGUGACGGCGUCAUGGGAGGAGACCGGAGGGAGGUGAGAGGUAAAAGCGGCGACAGAGAGAGACAGACACAGAGGGGAGAGAGAGGCGCCCAGAGAGGACGUGCGGGAGACAGGAGGAGGGCGCCUGGCUGAGAGUUACAGGAGCAGUAAAUAAGGAUAAGUGGUGGAUGGUGGGACAUGCAGCCCGACUCCGACAGCAACGAGCCGCCAUACAGCAGCUCCCCGUCGCCAGGUAACAGACAGGACUCCUCGGAUGAUGUAAAGAGAGUGCAGCGGAGAGAGAAGAACCGACUUGCAGCUCAGAAGAGUCGUCAGAGACAGACACAGAAAGCCGACGCUCUGCACAUUGAGAGCGAGAGUCUGGAGCGACUAAACUGCGCGCUGCGGAGGGAGAUCCGGUUCCUGCGAGAGGAGCUCAAAUACCUGACGAGUGUCCUGAGCUCACAUCAGCCGCUCUGUGUCCUGAGCGCCACCAAGCAGCCUGCCUUCCAGCCACACGUGGUCUCUCCCCGCUUCCACAGCUGAGCCCGUAACACGCGUGGGCCGGACGUUUUGCGCACGCUGCUACUGUGAACGUGUUACAUGGUGAUUUUAUGUAAAUAAAGGCAAGAGACUCACCCA